CCCCAGAAAUGGGGGCAUUGGUUAGGAGGCAGGAAAGGCACCGCUGAGAGAAGCCGGGAGAAUGUAGCCCGGGGACGAGCCUGGGCAGCAGCGACCCAAGAGCACGCAGAACUCCAGCGGGGGAGGCGCCCCAAGUGUCACCUGGUGGGACAAAAGCCGACCGGAGCCAGAGUCCGACCAGAGCCUAGGCGAGGCUGGUGGAGGAGUGGAGCAGCCAGGGCCAGGGCUGGGGGCGGGGACCUGGAGGGGAGGGCGACGGAGUGGGCGGGAGCCGGAGCCGCCAGCACAGCGGGAGCAGGUGGAACCACUCGGCGGAGUGGAGUGGGGCUCCGCGGGGGCCAUGGAGCUGCUCAAGCUCAACCGCAGCUUGCAGGGGCCCGGACCCGGACCGGGACCCGGACCCGGCGCUUCUCUGUGCCGCCCAGGUGCCCCCUUCCUCAACGGCAGCAGUGCUGGCAAUCUCAGCUGCGAGCCCCCUCGCAUCCGCGGAACCGGGACCAGAGAACUGGAACUGGCCAUCAGAGUCACCCUGUAUGCAGUGAUCUUUCUGAUGAGCGUUGGGGGGAAUGUGCUCAUCAUUGUGGUGUUGGGACUCAGCCGCCGUUUGAGAACUGUCACCAACGCCUUCCUGCUCUCACUGGCGGUCAGCGAUCUCCUGCUAGCUGUGGCUUGCAUGCCCUUCACACUCCUGCCCAACCUCAUGGGCACUUUCAUCUUUGGCACAGUCAUCUGCAAGGCAGUCUCUUAUCUCAUGGGGGUGUCGGUGAGUGUGUCCACGUUAAGUCUCGUGGCCAUCGCCCUGGAGCGGUACAGCGCCAUCUGCCGACCACUGCAAGCACGGGUGUGGCAGACUCGCUCCCACGCAGCUCGGGUGAUCUUAGCCACGUGGCUGCUGUCUGGACUGCUUAUGAUACCCUACCCUGUGUACACUGUGGUGCAGCCAGUGGGGCCUCGGGUGCUGCAGUGCGUGCAUCGCUGGCCCAGUGCGAGGGUCCGCCAAACCUGGUCGGUGCUGUUGCUCCUGCUCUUAUUCUUCAUCCCAGGUGUGGUUAUGGCUGUGGCCUACGGGCUCAUCUCCCGAGAGCUCUACCUAGGGCUUCGCUUUGACGGUGACAGCGACAGCGAGAGCCAAAGCCGGGUUCGAAACCAAGGAGGCCUGCCGGGUGCACCAGGGCCUGUCCAUCAGAACGGGCGUUGCCGGCCUGAGACUAGCCUGGUUGGGGAGGACAGUGACGGCUGCUACGUGCAACUUCCACGCUCCCGGCCUGCACUGGAGCUGACUGCGCUGACCACGCCCACUCCUGGGUCAGGCCCCGGGUCAGGCUCUGGCCCCCGGCCCAACCAGGCCAAGCUGCUGGCAAAGAAACGGGUAGUGAGGAUGCUGCUGGUGAUCGUCGUGCUCUUCUUCCUGUGCUGGCUGCCGGUGUACAGCGCCAACACUUGGCGUGCCUUCGACGCCAGGGGCGCACACCGGGCACUCUCGGGGGCUCCCAUCUCGUUCAUCCACUUGCUGAGCUAUGCCUCGGCCUGUGUCAACCCCCUAGUCUACUGCUUCAUGCACCGUCGCUUUCGCCAGGCCUGCCUGGACACGUGUUCCCGCUGCUGCCCACGACCUCCACGAGCACGCCCCCGGCCACUUCCUGAUGAGGAUCCUCCUACCCCUUCCAUCGCUUCCCUGUCCAGGCUGAGCUACACCACCAUCAGCACGCUAGGGCCUGGCUGAAGGUUUGUGGGAUUGGAGGAUGAGACAAAGCACAUGAUCCCUACAAACACUGACCCAUCCAAUUCCAUAAGAAACACAACCCAGGACUACCACAGAUGGACACCCAGCAGCAUGGACAGACCCCAACACACAGAAAACUGUAGCUUUGCUGACCAAUAGAAAACAUGAACUUGAGUCUCUCACAGGAAAGGGGGGCACACUUCUCUUUUAGGACUGCAUCCCAUCUUUAGACACCUGGCACUGAUGGCCCUGGACAAGCAGACACAGCAUCCCAAGCAGUGAACUUUCCCUGUACAGGGAGAGCUCUGACCAGGGCUGACCUAUUCCUCACAUUAGUGGCACUGUCUCUCUAAUGGCCACAAGCCUAACACAAGACUGACUCAGGACAUUCCAGUCUGUCCCCAGUUUGACUCACCGUGCCCUUCCCCAACCGGCUUUGAAAAUACCAAUAGGCCAAAUUGCACACCUUCCUCACAAACAGGCCUUUCAGCACUGAAAAGUGCUCUUAUCCAUUUCCGCUGGGAACCUUGGCCCUGCCCCUCUUCUCUCAGCAAACUUCCUCAUAAAAUAAUAAAUGACUUGGCUUUC